UCCUAAAAUAAAAUACAAAAAUAAUUGCAAAAACAUAUGGACAUAUUGAAUACUUACAACUAUUUCUGCUAUAAAAGUAGACAAUAAAUAAAACAAAAACAUUAUCACUGAUUAAACUACCCAUGUGUCACUCUGGGCCUCAAGUAAUUGUGAGGACAUUUCUAAUUAUUUUCUGAAUUUUUACAAACCAAACAAUCAAUCAAUUAAUGAUUAAAAUAAUCAGCAGAUUAAUUCAUAAAAAAAAAAUUAUCAGUUGCAGUCCUAUACAGAAUAGUUCAGAAAUAGUACAAAACUACAACAGUAAAGUCCCAAUUUUACAGAAAUGCAUGACUAAUAAUGAUCUAAUACUCUAUAGAGUAAUAUAACAGUUACAGGGGACAUUUUCCUGCACUUUUUAGUACCUUUAAGUACAAUUUUCAAUGCAGGCCUUUUACUAAGUAGCCUUAUAAGUAGCCUACUUCUACUUAAGUAAACACUCUGUAUAUUUCCCUCCACCACUGCUUGUAACUAAAGCUGUCAGAUAAUUGUAGUUAAGUAAAAACAAAAAGUGCAACAUCUGUCUCUGAAAUGUGGUCGUUUUCCCCGUUGACCGACAGUCAGCGAACGCAGCAGAAGUUCGCAGGGAGGACCCUGUUUAAAAAAAAAAAAAAAAUUGCAUCCUGGUGGGUGGGACGUGAGAGCAGCUGGUAGUUAUAAGCUUUGAGUUUCCUGGUACGGUGACGCUUGACCCUCUCGCCGGGCUCCGCACUGAAUAAACCCUCUUCAGGUACAGCUCUCUGCACCUCCAGUUUGGAAAUCUUCCUACAAUGGCAGCGAUUGGAAACCGUGGAACCGUGACCGAGGCGGCUGGAUUUGACCCAGAGGCAGAUGUCCAGAGGCUUAGAGGAGCCAUGAAGGGAGCUGGCACUGAUGAGGCAGCUGUCAUCGAGGUCCUAGCCCAUCGUACUAUUGCCCAGAGGCAGCGCGUCAAAGAGGCCUACAAACAAGCCGUGGGGAAGGACCUGGCUGAAGAUCUGUCCUCAGAGCUGAGUGGGAACUUCAGGAGUGUCGUUCUAGGUCUGCUGAUGCUGGCCCCUGUGUACGAUGCCUAUGAGCUGAGAAAUGCAAUAAAGGGGGCUGGAACAGAGGAGGCUUGUCUCAUCGAUGUUCUCGCAUCAAGGUCAAAUGCUGAAAUACAAACCAUCAAUGCUUUCUACAAGAAAGAAUAUGAAAAAUCCUUGGAAGAUGAUGUGUGUGGGGACACAUCUGGAAUGUUUCAGAGGGUUUUGGUGUCUUUACUCACGGCUGGACGAGAUGAAAGCGACAAAGUGGACGAGGCCCAGGCUGUUCUAGAUGCCAAGGAAAUCUAUGAGGCUGGUGAGGCUCGAUGGGGCACGGACGAGGUUAAAUUCCUCACUGUGCUUUGUGUGAGGAACCGAAACCAUCUGCUGCGAGUGUUCGAGGAGUAUCAGAAGAUUUCUGGAAGAGACAUCGAGGAAAGCAUUAAGAGGGAGAUGUCUGGCUCUCUGGAGGACGUCUUUUUGGCCAUAGUGAAAUGCAUUAGGAACAAGCAAGCGUUCUUUGCAGAGCGACUAUACAAAUCAAUGAAGGGGCUGGGCACUACGGAUAGUGUCCUCAUCAGAAUAAUGGUAGCCAGGGCUGAGAUUGACAUGUUGGACAUUAAGGCGCAGUUCCUGAAGAUGUAUGGCAAGACUCUCUACUCCUUCAUCAAGGGAGACACGUCCGGCGACUACCGCAAAAUCCUGCUGGAGCUGUGUGGAGGCGAGUAGAAGACUCAUCAGGACAACAUCUAGCUCUGUCUUUAUUUUGCAGACCACAUUAUGAGCUUUUUUCCCGUUUAUGAAUCACUGCAUCUUAUCUUUUUCUUCUUCCAUGGCCUUCACAUUUCACUGAUUGACCACAGUGCCUUGUUUCACUGUUUGUACUGUAAUACCAAUUAAACCAAAGACCAGUGACCUUUUA